AUGGAAAUAAAUUGUAAAUUACCCCCUAAAAUUAUAAUGAACCCGUUAUACUACAGCAAUGGAGCUAGGCCUGUCAUUUAAUACAGGGUCAAUCCAAAUGAUUAGAGGAGAUACACAGCAGAUCUUGAAGCUAUGAGGAAAUAUUCAAAAAGUUAGAAUUAAUGCAAGCAGAAUGAUGCUAGGUAUUGGUGUAGUUAAUUUUAAUAGUGGAAAUCAAUAGAAUUCUCAAUAGAAAUCUUAAGGAAUAGCAAGAGCUAAUACUGCGGAUAAAUAAUAAUUGGAAGAUUCAAAAAAUCAAUAUAAUUCUAGUCGAGACAAUAAGAAACCGCAGUAACCAUAAUUAUUCAAAGUGUAGAGCUAAGCUAAGCCCAUCUUUGAGAAUUUUAGCAAAUAUCAAAGUCAAAAACUCAAAAAUCACAGUUUUGUUACUUAGCAUAAGUAGAAUGAGAAACCACACUCUUUUAAACAGAUCGCAUAGAAAAGUCCUUCGUAAUUAUCACAUUGUAAUUAAAUACAUCAUCUUAGUAUAUUACGUGGGAGACUUAUAAAAUGCAAUUCUGAAUCAGAAAUCAUAAAGUUCAGCUUUGUUUAGAGAACACAUUCAAGCAUCUUUCACCUACAUCCCCAUCAUUAAGAAUUUAUAAAUCGAAAAAGAAUAAGUCCAAGAGAAACUCUUAAAUAUCCCAAUUAAUGGGAAUAAAAAAUGUAAAGUUUUUUAUUUAAGACAAGACAAUAAGACAGUUAUUUUCGAUAUGGAUGAGACUUUAAUACAUUGUAAUGAGGAUGAGAACGAUAAAUGCUAAUUUAAAAUAGACAUCCAAUUCGAGGAUGGGGAAAUCAUUGAGGCUGGUAUCAACAUCAGAAAUUUUGCAAGAGAAAUAAUUCAGAAAUUGAGUGAUUUGUGCGAGGUUAUGAUUUUCACUGCUUCUUAAGAUGUUUAUGCUAAUAAAGUAUUAGAUGAACUUAUUAAUCAGGUUAUCAAUAUUCUGGAUCCAAAUAAUAAAUUAAGUUGCAGAAUCUUCAGAGAGAGUUGUAUAUCAGUGGGGGAUAACAAUCUAAUAAAACAUUUGGGCGUGUUGAAUAGGGAUUUGAAGAAUGUUGUUUUGAUUGAUAAUUCCUCAUAUAGUUUUGCGUAAUUAUUGAUCUUAACACAAAGUUAGACACCAUUUAGAAAAUGGGAUUCCGAUUCUGCCAUAUUACUAUGAUGACAAGGAUAAUCAAUUGAUCAAGUUGUAUAGAUAUUUGUGCUAGAACAUUUUGCCUGCUGAUGAUGUAAGACCAGUGAUUUUGUAGCAUUUCAAAUUGGAUAGAUUAAAUUAAUUUGAGAGUGUGGAAGAAGCCGUAUAAAAUUUGUAUUUUUGAAACCAUUCUUCUGUAUAUUUUGUUAACACAUUUUUUUAAAUGGCAUAAUGCUUUAAUUUAAUACAUAUAUCAGAUUAAUGCAAGCUGAAAAUGACCAUUAAUAAGAGAGUUCAAAUAACAUUAAUCAUCUUCGUUAAAAAUCAUCGUAUGUAUGAAGUAUUCCAAAUAUCGUUUCAGUUAAUCAGGAAUAGAAGAAAAAUUUAUGAUGACAAUGACUUUAGGGAGGUUGUCAAAAAUUUCUACAAUUUGGUCUCCGAAAUUAAUAAAGGUUAAUAUUCGGUCUAGCCAUUAAUAGUUAAGAAAAUAUCGAAGGCUCCCUUACGGAAAUAGCCUCAAUAGUUGAAAUAAAAAAAUACAAGCAAAAACAAGUAACCACCAACUAAGGAACUUUCUUAUUCUAAAAGGGAUGUCCAUUUCAGACCUGAUUAACAAGCAUAAUAAUACUUCAAUUCUUGUUUCAGUCAAUAAAUUAUGAAUCAAUUGAUGCCUAAUUUCGAUCAGCCUAGUAGUAAAUAAACUCCAUUCUUUUAUGAUAAACCGAAGCCUCAUCUCAAUUUCAAACGAAAUCAAAUGCACAUCCAAGCAGCAUACUAAAUCUAUAUAAAGGAGUUUGGCUCUGGAUUGGUUGAAAGCAGGGAUCCGACAUCAUUUGCAAGAAAAGUUAUGAAUUCCAACUUUAAUUCUAAAGUAAAAAUUCAUUAAGAACCAGACCCAAUAUUAAGAGGAGGAAAAGGAGAGUGACAGAUCAGAAAAAUUAAAUAAGUCUCAUGAAGAUGGCAAAAAGAAACCUUUAAAAGAACUAGUUCGAGAAUUUUAGAGUGAUUAAUGAUUUUAAAAAACAAACGAAG